AUGCCGAUGGAAGGUGUGCAAAGGGGACGGGAUCAUUAUGGUCGAAAUUUCGACAUGAAAGUAGACUUACCUGAGUUCGAGCGAAAGAUGCAACCUGAUGACUUUGUUGAUUGGCUCAAUACUGUUGAGCGUAUAUUUGACUACAAAGAGGUGUCGGACGAGAAGAAAGUUAAGAUCGUAGCCAUUAAAUUGAAGAGCAAUGCCUCUGCAUGGUGGGAGCAGCUAAAGACUCGGCGUGAUCGUACCGGAAAAUCCAAAAUUAAAAGCUAG